AUGAAAGCUAGUCAUAAACUUUUACUCCCAUACUUUUACUCCCAUACUCCUGGUCAUAAACCAAGCCCCAUACUUUUCUUUUUCUCUACUAAUUUAUCAAACACACCUGUAGAACCCUAUCUACCCCACCCCCCACUCACUCGUUCCCCUCUCCCUCACUCUAUGAUGUUCAGCCGGCCACCACGGUUGGUGGCAGCGCUUGAUGGUGGCGGCGACGGUACCAGGAUGAGAGACGGAGAAAGAGCCGAUGAGAGAGAUAGAGAUCCGCGGAGGAGAGGCGACGGCAUCACCGUCUGCAGUGGCGGCGGGUCUCGCCGGAGUUAUCAGAGGCGGUGACGACGGUGUCUUUUCCGGUAACCCAUCAAAUCCCCUCAUUUUCUUCUCAUUUUCUGUUGGAUCUUCCUAAGAACCGAGUGUAUAAGGCCGUAGCCGGUAGUUUUUCAGGAUGGUGGUGGUGAUCUAGGUAGUGUUGUUAGUUUUCUGAUGUCUCGGAUUAACUUGGUCAGAAGAUGGGUUCGAGAUUUGGUUCGGUUCGGUUCGAGGGUUCAGGUUUCGGUCAACAGAAGUCAACGGUUCGGGAUUUAGCGGGUCAACAGUGGAUAAACGGUCAAUAGUAGCACGGUUCAGGUUCCGAUUCAAGAGUCGGGUUUCAUUGUUUAGUUCUGGAUUCAUUCAGUCCAGGUUCAGAUUUGGCUUUGGGGACUAUUUUGGUUCGGGUUUUCGCGGCACGGUCAGUUUCGUCAACUCAGUUCGGUCAACGGGUCAACACCCGGUCAACGCAGCCAAGACCUGGUCAACUCAGGAAUUCGGAAUACUAUAGAUGCACGCUAGCGAGUUCAAGUUCUUGGAAUGACAUCACGGAAUCACGGAAUCACCUUAAGCUAGUUUUGCACAGGAAUGUUAAGGUGGAAAUUUUCAAAAUACGGAACGGUUGGAAUAGGAGAACCCACGGGAUUUCGAGUGCUUAGCGGGCGUUCAUUGUUUAGAAGUCUUAGCUUUUUGCUUCCGCUGUGCAAUGAAGAUACCGGUCCAGUCACGCCAAGCUCUGAUAUUUCGGGGUGUGACACUUUCUCAGCCAACCACCUUUUACAUAACUACAAAACAAUUACAAGUAGACUCAUUCACAUAACUUCAAACUUUGGGGGCUUGACUUUUGAGCAUUAUAAAUACCUUCACUUCCAAUAUUUAGUCCAUUCAUCUGUGCAAGAGACAUACAUAUAUAGAGAGAAGAAUUUCAAGUUUAGAGAGAGAUGACGAUCGGAAUAUUGGAGGUGAACUUGGUGGAUGCUCACGGUCUCAGCAGAACCGAUUUCUUCAACAAAAUAGAUCCAUAUGUAUUGAUCCAAUACAUAAGUCAAGAACACAAAACCAGUAUUGCCAAAGGGCAGGGAAGUAACCCGAAAUGGAACGAAAAAUUCAAAUUCAGGGUAGAAUAUCCAGGAGCUGACAAACAACCUAAGCUUGUUCUCAAGAUUAUGGACCAUGACACCUUCUCAUCUGACGACUACCUUGGACAAACAACGAUUUACUUGAAAACACUAAUGGAACAAGGAGUGGAGAAUGGAAGCGCGGCUCAACUACAUCCUCAAAAAUAUCGCGUUGUGGGUGAUAGUCAAAAAUAUUGUGGAGAUAUUCAAGUCGGGGUCACCUUCACCCCAAGGGUUGAUACACAGACUUAUGCACAAGAAUUUGGUGGAUGGAAAGAGAGCCAGUGGUAAUGCCUUGAUUUUAUAUUUUGAAAUUGUAGAUGUUCAUUGAGUAAAUUGUAUUUGGCUGCUAACAUUAGUGGUAUAAUGUUCAAUUGUUCAUAUAUCAUAAUAGGACUAUUGGAGUUUUUAUAUAGAAAGAUCUGUACAAUGUGGAUGUUGUUA